UUGGCAUUUUGAUAUUCCACAUUUACUGGGCACUACCAUUGGCACCUAACAAUGUUGAAUGACUCGAGGAGCAAAUGCCAGUUUUCUACGAACUGUCUAAUAAUUGUAUGCCGAAUGUCAUUCACGUUCAAAUUAUUUACGUCACUGUCAAAAUUACAAGCGAAAAUGCGUUAACAAAAAUGUGGCCUUUCAUUCAAGCAACAAAAUUACUCAGUGCAAUUUCUCACCACACAAAAACAUGCAACAGAACAAUUUUAGGGAGCAGUCGAAAGAAAACUGGGGAGAAAACAUUUCUGAUUGUGAAAGCACACCGCAACGAAUACCCAUGUAUCAUCGAAAUGUUGUGGAAGUAUUACUAUCCGGACGAACCGACAGUAUCCUCUUUGGGUCUCGGGCAGAAUUACAAUCCAAUAUUCGACCAAGAGGCUUUGAGGUACUUAACUGAAGGAUAUUCUUUCGUGGCGAAGUGUAGACAUACGGGUGAUAUUGUUGGAGCGUGCAUAAAUACUUCGGCGUGUCCUUGGGAUCCGGAUCAAUUGGAUAAAGUGGCGAGAACAAUGAAGGAUGCAAAAUUAAGACAACUGUAUCACUUUUACGCUCACAUACAAAGAACGCCACUAUUAUGGCAGCAGUAUCACACAAAUAAAAUUUUUGAGAUGAAUAUGGUUUUCGUACGUAGUGGAGAUCGAAAAAAAGGAGUAUGUGAGAAACUCCUGGACGCGUCUCGGCAAUUCGGCGCGGACUGCGGUUAUAGAGUAAUUCGGUGCGACGCAACCAAUUUCUACACGGGCAAAAUUUGUGAAAAAUUAAAGAUGAAAAAGGUGCACAACAUUCCAUACUGUAGCUAUACCGGAUUAGAUCCAGCAGACGCACCUUUAAUUAACGCGCCCCCUCCUCAUACUGGUGUUAGUGUAUAUGUAGACCUUCCCUUUUCCCAAUUUAAGUAAACUUUCCUUA